ACUUCAUCUCUAAGCACGUGAUUUUUUUGUGCUCGUCAACUGAGCGUAGCGAAGCACGAAGUAAUCUGCAUUCGAGCAGUGUCAUCUUUGACAGCUGAGCGACACUAAAAUCUCCCGCAGAAUUCAUUGAUAUUGGACUAUACGAAGAAUCCACGGGUAGCACCAAGAUGACCCAACCAAAAUAGACUAUUGGAAGAUUUGUUUGGCGUUCAACACGUAAGACCGCGUCAAGGAAAUUCAAUCAGUAUUGGGCCUUCACGUCAAGUGCUAAAGCUUUGUCUACGACUUUUUGUGAUUCAUAUACCUCGUCAAGGUUUGAUAUUUUUCAAUGCAGCGACUUCCAUACUUGGUUUGUCCACCCGCUGUAAAAGGCCUGUGGUUUCCCAGUAUGUUCUGGCUCUAUAUGGAAAGGGAAAGUCAGUUGGAAUGCUGUUUUGUUCAGGGAGUCUGUAUUAGCAUAGCGAGUCCGUGACCAAUUCAAAACAGAAAAUCGUCGAUGAAAAGUGUAAGCAAAUGUAUUUCGCAGUUCUCCUGUUUGCUAACUCUCUUCAAUAUUCAUGGCUUUAUCGAGGAGAAAUCUAAUAUCGAGAUUUUUGAUGGCAAGAACGAGGACGAAAUGUUUAUUUUUACUGCUAACUUCUAUCAUUUUAUACGUUGUCGGCAGUUUUAUCUGCUUGCAUAUCCACGAUUAUCAUAAUGAACUCAAGAUCAGUUCUGGCAAGGAUGAUUCCCUCGUAACAACCGAUCUUCUUCGACUAACACAAACAGGCUCUGUCACGCGUGUGAAGCAAGUUUUUGAGGUUCACGGCGACGAAUGGAAAAAAAAUGAGUUUGUAACAGCUGAUGAGUCGCAAAAUUCACCGGACAUCGAAACAAAACACAUUGAAUUAACAAACAUGGAAGGCAACCUGUCACCGCGGCUGCCAGGUUCACGACGAAAAUUUUUGUUUGUUUUCCGUUAUUAUGAGCAGUUAGGCAGAGCGACGAAUAACCUUUUGGAUUUAGCCUCAUUUGCGAAGAGCAAAAAUCGUGUUUUGGUCGUUCCAUAUGUAAAUAAUUCUCGCAUGUCCGGUUUAUCAUCGGGAGUAAGUCAUAAUUUUCACAAGCCUGAGAAUCCUCCGCACAUUACAUACUCUUUGCUAAGCGAGUAUUUCAAUUUGGACGACUUAAACUCCAAAUUAGAGUCUCGAGGAUACAGCACUAUGAGAAGCUUUCGUGACCUCGAAUCCCACUGCAAUAAGAGAUUCAAUAUCGUGGUACACUUUCUAUUCCACGAUGAAAAUUACCAAAGAGUAACCGCUCUAUGGUACAGGAUAACUGAAGAGAAGGUUGCAACCACUUAUAAAGAGGCUAGAGAACGUAGUGGCUGGGUGGAUUGUCCUUUUAUAAAGCACUCACGCCUUAGCAAACAGAUACAGUUCAAAGUAAGACGUUAUAUUUGCGUUGAUCCGGAAGUCAUAAGGACCGCUAGUGAUUUAGAGGAUAAUGUUCUUCAAGGAGCUAAAUGCGUUGGCAUUGUUCAGUGGAGGGGGAAUGGUCCAGAAAGAGUUCACUUCCCUUUGGACCCAUCCAUAACGCAGCCUCUUCGUCCGGUCGACCUAGAAUUUAACUCCGACCUCGUCGAGCUGGCGAAAAAAUUCGUGAGAGAGAAUUUGAAUGAAGGAUUCAUAGGCGUGCAUGUUCGUUCCGAGAGACAUAUAGCUCGCAAAGGCGCGAACGUUACAAAACGGUGCAUGGAAAAACUUGCAAACCGCGUGCAGACCUUGCGGGACGCUUUGAGCAUUAACAAGGUCUACUUAGCAUCAGAUUUAACAGAUUAUGGCUCAGACACGUUGAUGAAUUUCGCAGGCACGAAGUAUCGCAGAUCUCUAUCGGCGUACCUGCGCGAAGUUUUAAGCAAGCCCGUAAUGUUUAACCCGAAUGGAGUUCUGUACGACAGUGGCGCCACUGCAAUUGUGGAAAUGAAUAUCCUUGCUAUGGCUACGAGGCUUUUCACUUUGGGAGGCGGAAAUUUUCAAGAAUGGAUGGUAGGUUUAUUUCUAAGGAAGCAUGAUCACCAACAGACAAGAAUACAUCGAAUUUGUGAACUUAAAGGAUAGUUCAAAACGAGAAAUAUUUUCCGCACACAGCGGGGAAAAUUGUUACCUCGUCUCUCCUGGAGUUCAUUGCAACGUAACAAUUUAAAAUUACGGAUUAUCAGUAAUUGGAUUUUAAAAUAUUUUCGGAAAGCCUAACGAGAGAAUUGAAUAUUUAUUUGUUUAAAAUGUAACAACAUUUCGACCUUAACCUUCAUUUUAAACAGGGAAAAAUAUAACAAGAAAACAUCGGCAAAAGAAAGCGAGUUGGGAUGAAGAAAAUGAGUUUAAAUUAUUUUCGAAAGAAAUUACUAAAUUAUGUUGUGUAAAUAGCUCACAUUCGUUCGUGACGACUUUCUAAGCUUUUCUUUUAGUUGGUUCUUUAUAUUUAUAAUUUGAUACACGCAAAAUGUUAUGUCAUAGGACACUUUUUUCCUGAUCGAAUGACUCGGCAAAAGCUUGGGAAAUGUUGCUUCUGCGGUUUCAUAGAAGCGGAAAUCAAAGGUGUAGAAUAUUAGUUUUUUUUUCUGUAAUCUAGACCCACAUCCAUGCUAUAGUUACAAAAAAUAUCAACAGCGUUUCAUCUCAUUUUUUUCCUUUCGAAACCUUGGCGUAAUGUCAUAAAUAAUAGGAUGCCAGUUAUGAUAGCGAGUCAAAACCUCUCAGUAGUGAAUGAUAACCGUCAAGAAAACCAUACUUAAUGGCAGAGGAAAAUAAUAAUGCUUGCUUCAGCCCUAACUCUGGUGAAGAUUGGUAUCUAACAUCAAUUAGCCUAUGUAGAUACUAAAAAUUCUUCCAUGUCCUCCAUGUUCAAAUCAAGCGAACUUUUGUUACUGAUUUAACACAGAAAUUCCAUGGUCGUUCAUUAGAGUACAAUUGCUGAAGCUUCUUAUGACUAUCAAAAUUCUUUACAUAACAGCCUUUAAAAGACUCUUGUUUAGAGCGGUCUGCUGCUUCCUUAAUGAAUAAAGAAACGUUCUCUUAAGUACAA